AUGCCCACCUUCUCCGGCCAACUCCGAAGCCGCCUCAGCCCCCUCCUCCCGCCGCGGCGGCGGCGACCGCUGCAAAGCCCUCCCGGCCGCUCUGCACCGAGGCAGCGCGAAGCUAGAGUCGCCUUCCCCUCGCCACCCCCGGGGCCGCAGCCGCCAGCGAGCCCUGAGCUGAGUGUCGCUCAAACCUCCCCUCCCGGCCCCGCUCGGCCCUCCCCCCACGCCCCGCAGACCCUUUCAAACCCCCUGGGCUCGCGGCGGCUGCUCGGUGAGGAAACGCUGGCCGCGGCUGGGGCCGGGGCGGCGCGGCUGCGUGCAGGGCGGCGGCGGGGCGCCCGGUACGGUGAGCCCAGCAACGAGGCGCGGGCGGGCGCGCAGAGACGCCGGGUCCUCGCGGAGCACGGCCGGGGCGCGGCGGCAGCGACGGUGGCAGCGGGAGCCCAGGGACCGCUCCAUCACUGGCAGCCAUGGAGCCCGAGCAUUUUCCUCCCUCAGGGCAGGCGCCUCGGCUCGGCACACGUCCUCGGAGAGGAAGGGGCCGGCGCCCGAGCCUCCCCGGAGGGCGGCGGGACGUGCGCUAGGGCGGAGGGUGCGACCCUCUCUUGUCCUCUUCCUCCGCAGCCGGCUCGUCCUCACCCCGCUGCUCCCACGGCCCGGCGGGAGGGGGCCGCAGGCGGCGGCGGCUCCUUUCUCGGCGGCGUUGGUGGCCAGACGGGCUGGUGCAGCGACUGCAGCCGACGCCGUUCAAAGGAACGAGAGGAAAGGCCCCAGAAGAGCAGAGACUGAAGUCUACUACACAGAUUGAGUUGCAUUUUGAUCGAUAUUUCAGGUACAACUACCACUUCAUUAUCUGCAUGUGAAUUUCCCAUGGGCAAUUUCCAUUCCCAGACUACCUUGAACCUCUCAGCCAACACCAGUCAGAUCUCUCAUGGCCACACCACAAUAUGUGCACAAGGGAUGUGAAAUCCUUUAAAAUUUAGACCAAAAGAAAGAGUUUAGGCAGUCAAAUCCAUUGAGUGGAAAGAAAUCCAUUAAAUUUAAUUCAAAAUAUAUUAUGGUUUAUCCACUAUUUUGGAAGAACUCCAUUAUUGCUUGCUUCUAAUAGCAAAGUUAAUGAAGAAUUGAUUGCUAUUUCAAUGAGACCUCUCUGCACACGCACGUUUACUAAGAACUCACCUAAAUUGUAGCUCAUUUUUAAUGUGGAACAGAAAACUCAGUUUGUGCCUGCAUAUCUCAUAACAGGUCAUUCUAGAAUGAUUCUAACAAUACAUUUCAGUAAACCGUAUUACACUUAGACAACCAGCAGAAAUCUAGAAUAAUUGGGUCACUGAAGAAUAAACAUUAAAGGCAGGGCAAGGGGUUAAUCAUGGAGCAAGGACUUCAUUAAAGAAACUGUAGUAAUAUCCAAAAUUCUUCAAAGGCUGCAUUGGGGAUACUGUUUAACAUUAACACAGAACUCUCCAGUUGGUUGGAGAGCAGAAGGGAGAGGUCUCUAUAAGCAUAAGAAGCCUGCUUUG